AGCAUGGCUACAAGUGCUGUUCCCAGUGAAAAUCUCCCUACAUACAAGCUGGUGGUGGUUGGAGACGGUGGUGUGGGGAAGAGUGCUCUCACUAUUCAGUUUUUCCAGAAGAUUUUUGUGCCAGACUAUGACCCAACUAUUGAAGACUCCUAUCUGAAGCACACAGAAAUAGAUGGGCAGUGGGCAAUUCUUGAUGUUCUGGAUACCGCAGGCCAAGAGGAGUUCAGUGCAAUGCGGGAGCAGUACAUGAGGACCGGAGAUGGUUUUCUCAUAGUCUAUUCGGUGACAGACAAGGCCAGCUUUGAGCAUGUGGACCGGUUCCACCAGCUGAUCCUCAGAGUCAAGGACAGAGAGUCCUUUCCAAUGAUUUUGGUGGCGAACAAAGUUGAUCUAAUGCAUUUACGGAAAAUUACAAGAGAACAGGGAAGAGAAAUGGCAACAAAACAUAAUAUUCCCUAUAUAGAAACUAGCGCCAAGGACCCACCUCUGAAUGUUGACAAGGCCUUCCAUGAUCUCGUGAGGGUAAUAAGGCAACAGAUCCCAGAGAAAAGCCAGAAGAAGAAGAAAAAGACCAAAUGGCGAGGGGACAGAGCCACAGGCUCCCACAAACUCCAGUGUGUGAUUUUGUGACAGGACUGUGUGGGAGUGCCUUGGAUGCCUCUUUUUUCCCCCCCCUUGACCCACUGCUGAUCCAGGCGAGAAGCAGCAGCAGCGCAACGCCCGGGUGGCCCUGCCACCCCUUCAGGCUCCCCAUGGUGGCUCGGAGGAGGCAGCUCAUGGGGGUCCAGACCCUCACAGAGGGGGUUGGCAUGUCGGGAGCCUGUGUGGGAGCCACAAGGAUGGGAGGCAGAAGGGACAAGCAGGACCUUGACUCUCAAACAU